AUGUUGUCAAGAAAAUUCUCUUUUUUGGCUAUGCUUGCCUUGGUUUGCAUGAUCUUUGCAGGAUUAACUUUGGCUACUCCAUUGAAUAAACGUCAACAAACAGGAGCGGUUGCCUACUGUGACUUUACUGACGAGGUCACCGGUCGAUUUACCUGGACCAACAUUCCAGGUGGCAAAUGUCGAACAACUGGACAAUUUAAUACUGGUUUCGAAAGUGCAAACGUUGAAGAAUAUAGCUUCUUCUUAGAAGACAAGGAUGAAAAUGAACUCCAAGACCUCACCAAAGAAAUUCAAGAUCAGAUCCACAUCAACCCACCGGGUACUUCUCCUUUCGAAUGUGAUUUCCCAUUUGAUCUUACAAGCGUUGAAGAUGUUGAAGGGUUAUGUUUCGUUGUUAAACAUAAAGGUAAAAAACUAAGCAAAGCUUUGAUCGUAACAGUUGGAUAA